AUGGCCACGAACGAGCAAGGCGUUGUAUCAACAACGGCUUCGGCAGACUUGCAUACCCACUUCCAUGCGCAAAAGCAAGAUAUCCUGCAAGCUUGCGAAACACCAGGAGCUUCACUCUCCCAUAUCGCAAGAUUGAUCCAAGAUCUUCGCAAAUUAGUAGACUCCUACGGCGAAGGACUACCGAAAUAUGACAGGGGGCGGUACACCGAGGAGCUGAAUGGACUGGAUACCAAACUAUCUACCCUCAGGACGAAAGACAAACCGAAGAGCCGGUUUGUGUUCGCCAAAAGCAAGAAACCCCUUCCAGCAAAAGCUACCCCUCCAAGCCCUACUGUUGUCGCUGGUCCGUCGAGAGAUAGGGAAGAGGCAAGUCCCAGUGUUGAACGGUCUCCGAUCAAUACACAUACAAUCGAGGGCCGCUUCAACGCACUGGUUCGACCAGAGCUAGCCCCCGGCACUGGGACCUACACCCUUUCUCUAUCAUCCAUGUCCCACUGCCUGAUCGACCUGCGUCCUUGCAAAUCGCCAUCGUCUACGGACCCAAGUCAGUCGGCACUACCGGUAUUGACGACUUUGCAUGCCAAAAAGUUGACCAGAUGCGUCUUGUUGGCCCCCUUACUGCCGGGCAGUGCUAUGUUGUCCGACUUGGACAAUUGCCUAGUUGUUGUUGGUGCUCAACAGUUUCGAAUGCAUUCCUCUACAAAGACAAAAGUCUUGCUGAACGUUGCGAGUCUGCCCGUGAUAGAACACAGCCAAAACUUGACGUUCGGACCCUAUCCAAAUCUGCUCCUGCCUCAGACUCCUGACUAUGUCAGCAAGCAUACGGUGGUGCAAGAUUUUGACUGGGUUCGAGGAGGUCAGUCGCCGAACUGGAGUUUGCUGGCGAAGGAUGAUGUGCCGGAAGAUCUGCUAGUACAGCUCUCAGAGCAGCUAGAUGGGGGCAUGGACGAUCAACCGAGCGUAGACAUCUGGAUAGAUCGCUUGCUUGUAAAGUAG